GCGGGGCGCGGCAGCGCGCAGACGGCGGCGGCCAUGGCUCCAAGCGCGCAGGCAGGGGGUGGCCGUGGGCAGGCCCCCGGACCGGGUCUCCGGCAGGGUAUCCGCGCUGUUUUGUUGGGGCCACCGGGCGCCGGCAAGGGCACGCAGGCUCCGAAGCUGGCCGAGACCUAUUGCGUUUGCCACCUGGCCACUGGGGACAUGCUGCGGGCCAUGGUGGCCUCAGGGUCCGAGCUGGGCAAGCGGCUGAAAGAGACGAUGGAUUCGGGGAAGCUGGUGAGUGAUGAGAUGGUGGUGGAGCUGAUUGAGAACAACCUUGACUCCCCUCCCUGCAAGAAUGGCUUCCUCCUGGAUGGCUUCCCACGCACAGUGAAGCAGGCUGAAAUGCUGGAUGAGCUCCUGGAGAAGAGGAGGGAGAAGCUGGACUCAGUCAUCGAGUUCAGCAUCCCUGACUCCUUGCUGAUCAGGAGGAUCACUGGCCGGCUGAUUCACCCAGCGAGUGGCCGCUCUUACCACGAGGAGUUCCGGCCCCCCAAAGAGCACAUGAAGGACGAUGUCACUGGAGAGCCCCUGAUCCGCCGCUCGGAUGACAAUGAGACAGCCUUGAAGACUCGGCUCAAGGCCUACCACACCCAGACCUCGCCCCUGGUCUCCUACUACAGCAAGCGUGGGAUCCACACGGCGGUGGAUGCCUCCCAGUCCCCUGACGUGGUGUUUGCCAGCAUCCUGGCAGCCUUCUCAAGAGCAACAUCUGAGUGACUCCGUGAUCCAGAUGAGACACCACCAAAUGCUGCACACUGCUACAUCACCCACUGCAGCCCUCCCCUGGGUGCAGGGGAGGAAGGGAGGGGGCAACUGGGAUGGGGAGAUGAUUGAUGGGAGAGGGGGGGUGGAAAAAGGGAAGUGGUAGACAAGGGGCUUGGGGGCUGAUUUGGUUGGGUUUUGUUUGGAUUUUUGUACUCAGCAGAAUCAUUGUGAAGAGGAGAUGACCUCCCUCGAAAUCACUGCUUGGGAGAGGCAAAACAAUCGCAGGGAGUCGAAGCAGCUCUGCCACUUGAGCAGCUGCAGGCUUUUGACCUGGCAGGGUAGGGCUGAAUGCCAUUGCAGGCUUCUCUGGGCCUUUCAGGGCUUGCCUGGUGGGCUCUUGGUACUCUGAUGCCACUGCAGGGUUUGCUGUGAUUUGUUAUUCUUCUUGUUGUUGUUGUGUGUCUGAAGCUGCUUCCUGUAAGCCAGGACCAGAAUGAACAAAUGACUCACGGCUGAAAUGGAAAGGAAAAAGAUGCCAUGCUCCUUUCCUGGAAGUUCUGUUUUUCUUGUUCUGCUGCAUUCCUAAACCCAGCAGCACAGAGACUUCUUCAGGUUUCUUUGCUGCUGAACAGAGGGGGGGCCACAGCUCUAGUCCAAGCCUGCCUUACUUGGCAGAGGAGUGGCUGCUUCUGUGAUCUUGACCAAGCUGGAAUUCACACUGAAUGCUGGAGAAAUGCAAAAGAGCCUUUCUUAACCAAAAAAAAAACCCCUAAUAAUAAUCAACCAACAUUUCCCUGGGGUGGGGUGGCUUUUGCAUUUCUUUUUAGAUCAAAUGGUGCCUUGUCUAACCUCUGAAUCAAUAAAAUAACCCUUUUUACAUUUUGUGUCUGUUGCUGUGUCCUCUCUGACCUGCAGACAGCAUGGAAGAUGAAGAGGCAGAUGACAGACAGCCUAAGCCAGCUAACAGUGGAGCUGGGUGGAUCCUCAGGCCUGAUCCUAUCUCAAGGAUGUUGUUCUGUGCAG